AGAAAAGCUGUAGGAGGGAUCCUGGGUUUUGGGGGAGACGACGGAGAGCUUUCAGAGAGGAAGAGGUUUUGGUUUGGUUAUUUUUGGGCGGAGAGAGCUUUUAGAGAGGGGCUGCCAUUAGAAGGUAACAGAGAGCUACUGGGGGAGGAGGUUCCUGAAGGCUGGUUACAGAAGAAGAGGUUAGGAUUUUUUAGAGAGGGGUUUUUCAGCUGGAAGAGAGGAGAAGAAAAAGAAAAAUGGAGUGCAGAGAGUUCCAGAUCACUCUUGUUUCAGCUCAAAAUCUUGAGAAUGUUCGACAAUUUUUCAAAAACAGAGUAAGAGUCUAUGCAAAGGUUUCACUGGGAGGCAAUCCCAGGACUGAGAAAACAACUCCGGUGGACAAGGAGGGGCAGACCAAUCCAGUGUGGAACUUCAGUGCUUCCUACACAAUAGGCAAGAACGCAGUGAAAUGCCAAGACGUCAAGCUCCUCAUCCAGUUUUUCUGCAGUCGGACAUCCCGGGAUACCAACAUCGGCGAGGUGAGCGUAUCCUUGAAGGAACUUUUCGACCGUUUCAGCACACUGCCUCAAGGUGAAGGUACUGCUAGGGUGAGUUACCCGGUGAAAAAGGGUGCUGCAGAUUCCCAAGGAGAAGUGGGCUUUUCGUUUAAGUUUGGGGAUAUAUUUGCUUUUGUCCCGCCACCCACCGACUGGGGCAAAAUAUGUUGGCAGGGGACCAAAUUAAUUGCGAAGGGAGGUAUGUUAUGUGUAAGGCUAACAUUGCUUGCGAAUGGAAAUCUAUUUGAUGUGCCGAUUGAUGCUGUAGCCGACAUUGCCCAUACGUCAUAUGACAUUUUAAGCCAUGUGUUUGGUAGUGGAGGAGAUUUUCUGGCUGAUAUUCCAUGGGGUGAACCAGAUUUGCCGGUUGAUAUUUCAUGUCCAGUGGAUACUACAUCUAGUCUUCAAACAAAUGUGUAUGCAGGAUCAAAUGUGCCCGCUGAUAUUACAAAUGUGGGUGCAGGAUCAAAAGUGCUCGCUGAAGUUCCGAUGGAUGCUACUUUUAGUGGGGAGACGAAUAUGAUCGAUAAUAUUUCAUGCUUACAAGCAAAUGUUGAGAUGGAUGCUAUUUUUAAUGGUGAGACGAAUGUCCCUGGUCAUAUUUCAUUCAUAGAACCAGAUGCUACUUUUAGUGGUGAGAUGGAUGUAUCUUAUGAUAUUUCAUAUGCUUAGAAGCAGAUGUAUCUUAUGUACUUUACUUGUAUUUUAUUCAAAAUCUAAAUAAAUUUGAAUUAUUUAAACAAUUGAAA